AUUUCAUUUCAUGACCAAACAAACGUACAGAACACACUCUUCACAACAAGGCCGUUAACAAAUUUCUUUCCACCACUAAUUUCCUUUCCAUCUAGACUAUUCCUUUGUCAUUUCUCACACUCUAAAUAGACCUCUUUUGGGGAUUAAUGCUGACUCAAUUUUGAUAAUUUCAAGGGUGGGUUUUGGAUUGUGAGGGAGUUUGGAGAAAGGGUUUCUUUUUUGGGGCAAGAAAUGGCAUCUACUGUUGUUCCUACUUCAUUUUAUGGGUUGAUGAGUAAAGAUAAUGCUUUGAGUUUUGCAAAAAGUGUGGAUUUUGUCAAAGUUUCUAAUUUGAAGAGGAUUAAUAAGUCCCUUAGAGGAAAGAAUGUGUCUGUAAUUAGGAAUUCCAGUUCUGAUGGUUAUGAUGUUGCUCAGCUCCAACCUGCUUCUGAAGGAAGUCCUCUCUUAGUUCCUAGGCAGAAGUACUGUGAAUCUACAUAUAAAACUAUAAGGAGGAAAACGUGUACCGUGAUGGUAGGAAACGUGGCUCUUGGUAGUGAUCAUCCAAUUAGGAUUCAGACUAUGACUACGACCGACACUAAGGAUGUUGCCGGCACAGUGGAACAGGUAAUGAGAAUAUCUGAUAAAGGAGCAGAUAUUGUUCGGAUUACAGUUCAAGGAAAGAAAGAAGCGGAUGCUUGCUUUGAGAUAAAGAACACGCUUGUUCAGAAAAAUUAUAACAUUCCUUUGGUGGCAGACAUUCAUUUUGCUCCUCCUAUUGCAUUGCGAGUUGCUGAAUGUUUUGACAAGAUUCGUGUCAACCCUGGGAAUUUCGCUGAUAGAAGGGCUCAGUUUGAGCAGUUAGAAUACACAGAGGAUGACUACCAGCAGGAGCUUCAGCACAUUGAGCAGGUGUUCACUCCUCUAGUUGAAAAGUGCAAGAAAUAUGGAAGGGCAAUGCGAAUCGGAACUAACCAUGGAAGUCUUUCUGAUCGUAUCAUGAGCUACUAUGGUGAUUCACCAAGAGGAAUGGUUGAAUCUGCAUUUGAAUUCGCCAGAAUCUGCCGGAAGUUGGACUACCACAACUUUGUCUUCUCUAUGAAAGCAAGUAACCCUGUUAUCAUGGUUCAAGCAUACCGUCUACUUGUAGCAGAAAUGUAUGUUGCUGGAUGGGAUUAUCCUUUGCACUUGGGAGUUACCGAAGCUGGUGAAGGUGAAGAUGGACGGAUGAAAUCUGCAAUUGGUAUUGGAACCCUUCUUCAGGAUGGUUUGGGAGAUACAAUCAGGGUUUCCCUCACAGAAGCACCAGAGGAAGAGAUAGACCCUUGCAAGAGACUGGCGAACCUUGGUAUGAAAGCAUCAGAUCUUCAGAAAGGGGUGGCACCAUUUGAAGAGAAACACAGACAUUAUUUCGACUUCCAACGUAGAACUGGCCAAUUGCCGGUGCAGAAAGAGGGAGAAGAGGUUGAUUAUAGAGGAGCCCUUCAUCGUGAUGGUUCCGUUCUUAUGUCCGUGUCCCUGGAUCAGUUGAAGGCACCUGAACUCCUUUACAGAUCGCUUGCUGCAAAGCUUGCAGUUGGCAUGCCGUUUAAGGAUCUGGCAACAGUGGAUUCUAUCCUUCUCAGAGAGCUUCCGCCAGUAGAAGAUAGAGAUGCUCGGCUGGCUCUGAAAAGAUUAAUCGACAUAAGUAUGGGGGUUUUAACUCCUUUGUCAGAACAGUUAACCAAACCUUUGCCCAAUGCCAUUGUGCUUGUAGACCUCAAGGAAUUGUCAUCUGGAGCUCACAAGCUUUUGCCAGAAGGCACACGCUUGGCUGUAUCUGUUCGUGGUGAUGAAUCCUUUGAGGAUCUCCACGUUCUCAAAGAUGUCGAUGCUACAAUGCUCUUACAUGAUCUACCAUACACCGAAGAUAAAAUUAGUAGAGUACAUGCAGCAAGGAGAUUAUUUGAGUAUCUAGGCGAAAAUGCACUAGAUGUCCCUGUAAUCCACCACAUGCAGUUCGCGAACGGGAUUCACAAAGAUGACUUAGUAAUCGGUGCUGGUAGCAACGUAGGAGCCCUCUUAGUCGAUGGUCUUGGAGAUGGACUUUUACUAGAAGCACCAGGGCAGGAUUUCGACUUCCUCAGGAAUACAUCCUUCAACUUAUUGCAAGGUUGCAGAAUGCGGAACACAAAGACGGAGUAUGUUUCAUGCCCAUCAUGUGGCAGAACAUUAUUUGACCUUCAAGAGAUAAGUGCUGAAAUUAGAGAAAAGACAUCACAUUUGCCGGGAGUUUCGAUAGCAAUCAUGGGUUGCAUCGUGAAUGGACCUGGAGAGAUGGCUGAUGCAGAUUUUGGUUAUGUUGGAGGUUCUCCUGGAAAGAUUGAUCUAUAUGUUGGAAAGACGGUGGUGAAGCGAGGAAUCCAGAUGGAACAUGCAACCGACGCCUUGAUCCAGCUGAUAAAAGAGCAUGACCGUUGGGUAGAUCCACCAGCAGAAGAGUAAAGUUAGACCAGAUAAUUCGGACAGUUUAUCUUUCUGAUUCAUUAUCAGUGCAUACUUGUUAGUGUUUGUAUUACUAGAAGCAACCCAAACAAACUACAAUAUAUUGCCAGCAAGAAAAUCAAGGCUGGUGUAGCCUGCUUGUUAUACAAAUCGAUAAUAUUACAAACUUAUAAUAUUGUUUCGAUAAAAAAAACAUAGUAAAUCACCUGUAACCUCAAUAUUCAAAAUGUAUUGUACACUUGAUUAAGAUUUUUUCUUCAGUAAUCUAUUCAUUAUAAUUCUCGGUAAA